CAUCAUAGAGGCUGACAGAGAAAGCAUUAAUUUUCUUCAAGCUUAUUUCUACAAUCUUACUUUACUAAAGCUCUCAAAAUGUUCCAGUAAAAUCUCCACAGGUAUCUUUUAUUAGCUAUCCCACAAACUUUCAACCUAUGUGCUUAGAAGGUUGAAAACAGCAAUGUGUUUAGCUCUGUAAUUGCUCACUUUUUAAAUGUGGCCUUGAGGGAAAAUAUCAGCAUCUAAAAUCAGCUUCACCCUAGCAACCAGAGAUUCUACCCCUAUGUCACAACCAAAUUAAGUAGCGCCCAUGUCACAAACAAGUAAUAACCAUUUAAAACAGUUUUUUCUGCACUGGGUUAACUAAGGGUUAACAAUAAUGAUAGUAACCGCUUUUUUCUGUGCAUGUCAAAAAGAAAUUUAUUGCUACGCCACUAACAGAGAUAAAAACUUUUGCCUUCUUUGCUUUAUAUAAAUCAUUAUAAUUGGUCAAAGAAAACAAGGAGUAACCCUGUGAAAAUAACACCCUAGUGAAGACUGCUAGAUAAUUGGCGAUUCUAAUUAGAUAUAUGACGUGGCGAAAAACAAUUGGCUAUCAUACAAACAAAACCCACUUACAUUUUUCGCAAAGUCGAAGACAACUCUGCCCACACCUUGGAGUAAAUCUGACAAAUUGAUCAGUUGUCAGCAUCUUCCCGCCGCGACCUCCCUGGCGUACCCUUGCCCCGCAUGCCCGAUAAGCCGACCGCCAGCCCGUAUAUAUAUAUCUGCAGAAUAACUGAACGACGAUCUCUAAGCUGUAACUAACUAAGUAUCUCUGACCUCCGUCUUACACCACCUUGACGCCCAGCGAAGACGAAGAAGCAAUCUGUGACUGCCUGAUCGCGAGAAUCACCAAGCACCAACCUGCAACACACCCGGGUCGACGCCACAAUGGCUGCCUGCUCAUAUGUCGCAAGCAGGGUCGUCGCUCUAUUCCUGCAGUUACCAACAGAUUUCUCAGCGAACAGAGCUGACUUCAAAACCUCCAACUCGGUCCUAAACCUUUUGUCAUUGUAGGCCAAAGACACAAGUAACGAUUCAUUUUAUGGUUUUUCUUUUCCUGUUAAUGAUCUUGUACGUAUUUGUUUUGUUUUGUUUUAAAGCCUUUUCGAAACUUUACGCAGUGAAGCCAAGUCAUAAUGUUUUGAGUGGAAAGCUCUGAAUUAUUAAAAGAGAACAGCAUUGAUAAUCUGAAGGUUUGGGGGAUGUCACAGAAAGGUCAAGUGUAGACAAAAGCAUUGAAUGAGAGAGAGAAAAGAGAGAAAAUUUUGCCUUUUUAGUUUGGUUUCUUAACUGGAACACAAGAGAGCACAAGAGACAAAUGUGAAGGCUUAUUGUAUGUCGUAGGUGGAUGGAGAACAGGAAGUGUCAAAUCGUUGAGAGAAAAAGCAAGUAGUGAUGCAUGACAAGGUUGAUGCGUUUCGACAAUCUUAAGCAAAGAAAUGAAAAAAAUUGCGGAAAAUGCCAAACCGACUCUCGGGUAUAGGCCAAGGUUGGCUAUCAGACCUCUUCCGUUGGUUUGGGUGGGACGCGUGAUCAUGGUUCCUCAACUUAUUAAUACCCUUCAUUAUGCUUUUGUUAUCAAUUGCUAUAUUUGUGUGUUUUGGUUGUUGAAUUUUACGAUAUCUCAAAACAAAGUUAACCACGCUUUUUGCUUUUGUAUACACCCGCUUGCGAAACACUAACAAUGAUGAACAAAAUGGUCUGUACAUAAACAUGAUGUUACUUGCUGUGCCAUGGGCAAGGGGGCAUGUCACAACCAAAUUAAGUAGUGCCCAUGUCACAAACAAGUAAUAAACAUUUAAAACAGUUUUUUCUGCACUAGGUUAACUAAGGGUUAACAAUAAUGAUAGUAACCGCUUUUUUCUGCGCAUGUCAAAAAGAAAUUUAUUGCUGCGCCACUAACAGAGAUAAAAACUUUUGCCUUCUUUGCUUUAUAUAAAUCAUUAUAAUUGGUCAAAGAAAACAAGGAGUAACCCUGUGAAAAUAACACCCUAGCGAAGACCGCUAGAUAAUUGGCGAUUCUAAUUAGAUUUAUGACGUGGCGAAAAACAAUUGGCUAUCAUACAAACAAAACCCGCUUACAUUUUUUGCAAAGUUGAAGACAACUCUGCCCACACCUUGGAGUAAAUCUGACAAAUUGAUCAGUUGUCAGCGUCUUCCCGCCGCGACCUCCCUGGCGUACCCUUGCCCCGCAUGCCCGAUAAGCCGACCGCCGGCCCGUAUAUAUAUAUCUGCAGAAUAACUGAAUGACGAUCUCUAAGCUGUAACUAACUAAGUAUCUCUGACCUCCGUCUUACACCACCUUGACAGUUUGCCAUUUCAAUCAUUGAAAGGAUGCAAGCACAGGAAAUUCUGAGGAGUCUGCGGCUGCCUGAAUUUGAUGACUUCAGCCAAUUUUUUCGCAACUUGCCGGCCACCGCGUUAGUGGGCAUUGGUGCCUUUGCAGCUGUUGUCGCAUACUGGUUUGCUAGCCGGCCGAAGGCUGUAAAGCCCCCAUGUGACCUGCUGCUGCAGUCAGAAGAAGUUGAGGGCCUGGAUGGAGCUCGGCGGUCUGUGAUAGGGGACUGCCCACAACUGCUAACUCACUACUAUGACGAUGCAAGGACAAUGUAUGAAGUAUUUAGACGUGGAUUCAACAUAUCUGAAAAUGGUCCCUGCCUAGGAUUCAGGAAACCCAAGCAGCCUUACCAAUGGUUGUCGUAUAAGGAGGUCGCUGAAAGAGCAGAAGCUUUGGGAUCAGGAUUACUUCAACAGGGAUGCAAGGCAUCAACAAGCCAGUUUAUCGGAGUCUUUGCACAAAACCGUCCAGAGUGGAUCAUUUCUGAACUGGCUUGCUACACCUAUUCUAUGGUGGUGGUCCCCCUAUAUGAUACAUUAGGGCCUGGAGCCAUUCGUUACAUUAUCAAUACAGCUGAUAUUUCCACAGUAAUUUGUGAUAAACCAGAUAAAGUCAGAGUACUACUGGAUCAUGUGGAGAAAAGAGAAACACCGGGCUUGAAGUCUAUCAUUCUGAUGGACCCUUUUGAGAAGGACCUAAAAGAAAGAGGGAAAAAAUGUGGAGUGCGCAUCCAGUCCAUGCAGGAAGUGGAGGAUUGUGGCCGUGAGAGUCGGCAUGCCCCUGUGCCUCCUCGACCAGAAGAUCUAUCAAUUGUCUGUUUUACUAGUGGCACUACAGGGAACCCCAAAGGUGCUAUGCUGACUCACGGGAAUGUGGUGGCUGAUUUUUCAGGCUUUUUGAAAGUGACAGAGAGUCAGUGGUCUCCUACUUGUGAGGAUGUACACAUAUCCUAUUUGCCUUUAGCACACAUGUUUGAGAGAAUGGUACAGUCUGUAGUAUAUUGCCAUGGGGGGCGAAUUGGAUUCUUUCAAGGAGACAUCCGUCUCUUAUCUGAUGAUAUGAAAGCAUUGCGUCCGACCAUCUUUCCUGUCGUACCAAGACUAUUAAAUAGAAUGUAUGAUAAGAUCUUUAGCCAAGCGGAUACCCCAUUAAAGCGCUGGCUUCUGGAAUUUGCUGCUAAACGUAAAAAGGCAGAAGUUCGAAGUGGAAUCAUUAGAAACGACAGUUUGUGGGACAAACUUUUCUUCAAUAAAAUACAGGCGAGCCUUGGUGGGUGCGUUAGGAUGAUUGUAACUGGAGCUGCCCCUGCUUCUCCUACUGUUCUGGGCUUCCUUCGGGCAGCGCUUGGAUGUCAGGUUUAUGAAGGCUAUGGUCAAACAGAGUGCACUGCUGGGUGUACCUUUACUACUCCAGGUGACUGGACAUCAGGUCACGUAGGAGCCCCUUUGCCUUGCAACUUAAUCAAACUGAUGGAUGUGGAAGAGCUGAAUUAUUUUGCUUCCAAAAGUGAAGGAGAGAUUUGUGUGAAAGGACCCAAUGUUUUCAAGGGUUAUCUUAAAGACGAAGAGAGGACAACUGAAGCGCUGGACAAAGAAGGCUGGCUUCAUACUGGAGACAUUGGGAAGUGGUUACCUAAUGGGACUCUUAAAAUUAUUGAUCGAAAGAAGCAUAUUUUUAAGCUUGCUCAGGGAGAAUACAUAGCACCCGAAAAGAUUGAGAAUAUCUACAUCCGCAGUGAUCCUGUUGCCCAGAUAUACGUUCAUGGAGACAGCUUGCAGGCCUUCUUGGUGGGAAUUGUGGUACCUGAUUCUGAAGUCAUGCCAGGCUGGGCAAAAAAAAGAGGGUUUGAAGGAACAUAUGCAGAGCUCUGUAAAAAUAUGGAACUGAAGAAAGCAAUAAUGGAUGAUAUGGUGCGGUUAGGAAAGGAGAGUGGACUUCAUUCUUUUGAACAGGUCAAAGCCAUUUACAUCCACUCCGAUAUGUUCUCAGUACAAAAUGGCUUGUUGACACCAACAUUAAAGGCUAAGAGACCAGAGCUGAGAGAUUACUUCAAAAAGCAAAUACAAGAGCUUUAUUCAAGCAUCUCCAUUUGAAGCUGCAGGAAGGUUCUUCUGAAUAAUGGACUUUGUAGCAAUAUUAGAGUAAUACUCAAAAGUACAGAGCCAGAAUGACAGUUGAAAUGAAUAAGCAUCUGACCUUAUGUCUGAGGUUUUUUGUUGUUCCAAGACUUCACCACUGAUCUAACAGUAAUUUUUCUUUAUCAGCCAUAAUUCCAUUUCUUUUUACAGAACACCUUAGGAGUAACAGCAAAAAAUAUAUAUAAAGUCCAGCACAUCCUAAAGCAAAUCAUAGAAGGUUAUAUUAAUGCCUACAAACAUUACGGAUUGAACAUAGGGAAAAACAUAGUCUAUAUGUGAUUGUGACUCUAGAUUAGUGACUAAAACCCUGGAUAAUUCAAUAAUGCGGUCUACCUCAAACAAAGAGUGAUGAAUGGUGAAAGUCUGUUUUCCCUGAUCUGGAAUUUCAAGCUGGAUAUUUGUUUGUCUUAUUUUUUUUAAGUGAUUGCUUUUAUACUCUGCAGGACAUAAAUUCCAUUGACUUGAUUUAAUCAUCCACAAUCUACUGAUAUUCAGAGUAGAAUAAACACAUACACAUACCAACACAUACCAUGUCACCCAGUAUCCUUUAUACUUAAUAUGCCCAUCAGUGUAUUAUACGUAAUGGAAGAUGCCAGAUUAGUGCCACCUUGUAAUUACAAGAAUAUGUUAAGAAGUUAUAAAAUAGAUCUCCCUGUAUUUCUUUUGCCAGUGUAUCUGCACUCAGUUUAUAGCACGGCAGAUUGCUUUUCUUUACGGGCCUAAUCCAGUGUAGAGUAUCCAUGAGUGUUACAAUUACUCGCAUGAGAAAGACUGUGGAAGCAUUGCUGGCUCUGUGGCCGACUGACCAGUUCAGGAGGAAGAUCAGCCUCCUUUAAGAGCUACUAAAGAAAAAAACUGCACAACAUAAAGACAGAUGGUGUAAAUGUGGUUGCGUCUAUCUUCCAUCCUCCUGAUUCCUAAUGUAUUCCUUCACAGGCUGCUGGUACUGUGAGAUCCAGUUAAAUUGACUCAUUUCACAGGUGCAGGUAGAGGAAUGGUGCCCUGGCCCAGUGUAUAAAUGAUAAUUAUGGAUGACUGUUAGUGAAACAAAUAUAUUUGGGAGAAGAGGACAGACUCAUAUCCCCAUCACUGACAUGACAUGGUGGUUUGUGGGGUUGUGAAAUAGAGAGGUGUUACUUGUAAGUCCCCAUAUCGGUAGGAAAGAAGAUUCUCCAACUGUUUUCUUCCCCAUCAAAACUUUAUUGUAAAGGGUUGUGAUGGGGCAAGGGACCUUCAAAACUGAACAUGAAAUUAGGGAAAGACUGAUAAUUUUAUGUUGUGACUACUUUAAAAUUCUUCUUUGACUUCCUGAAGACCUCUGGAUCAUAUGUAGCAAUUGGUCUGGAUGAAGCCUUAGACUUCACCUAUUGUGAAGAAAUUGAAUAUAUCCCAAAUGGAAUAAGAGCAGUCUCUGGAACUAUGGGCUCAGACAUCAGUAUAAUAUGCUCAGGCAUGGUAUAAAUGCUCAGAGAACUAUAAAACUCAUGAAGCCUAUGUAAGUUCCAUGGGCCAAAAGCCCUGAAGGCUUCUUUUAGCUGGAGAGGGUCCUAAAUAUAUAUAUUUUUAAUAACUGCUGUUUGUCGCACCAAUCUGCAUACUAGCAUGGGGCUGCUAGAUGACACGGUUUGCUAGGGCAGUGAAUGUACACUUAUUUUUCUGUCUUAGACUAGAAUCUAUUCUAGGUUUUUAGACUAAAAAGCCUAAAUGAAACUGUUAACCUCAAUUGAAACGUACUUUCCCUCCAAGAUUCCAUUGCAUGCUUUAAAAGAAAUGAAAUAAAUUGAAUUAAUGAGUUAGUUCUA